GCAGUCUGCGAGGAGGAGGAGCUCCUUUGUGUUGAAACCGAAAGUAAACUCGAGAGUAAACGCGUAUUUUGAAGAGUUUAAAUCCUUCUGUUCAGAUCUCAGAGUUGACGACCUCAGAUUAGUUCUUCAUCAUGGAGAUCAGUGAGAGAUCUUCAUCUCCAGAUCACAGCUGUGUGUCUCUGAAGAGUGACAGAUCACUGCAGGGUCUUCCUCCUAACCUCAGUAAUGGACCAGUGACCUCUGACCCCAGAGUCAGCAGGAGGAAGAGGAAGAGGAAGAGAUCUUCAUCUCCAGAUCACAGCUGUGUGUCUCUGAAGAGUGAUGCAUCCAUGCCGAGUCUUCCUCCUAACCUCAAUAAUGGACCAGUGACCUCUGACCUCAGUGCUGAACCAGUGACCUCUGACCCCAGAGUCAGCAGGAGGAAGAGGAAGAGAUCUUCAUCUCCAGAUCACAGCUGUGUGUCUCUGAAGAGUGACUGGUCCAUGAUUAAUAAUCCUCAUCCUAAACUCAGUGCUGAUCCAGUGACCUCUGACCCCAGCUGUGUGUAUAGAGACGAUCAGAUACGAGCCCAGGAUCCUCCUCAAGCAGUGAAUGAUGAACUACAGAGAGUCAAAGAGCAGCACAAAACCAGCAUGAAGAACAAGUAUGAGAGAUUAUUUGAGGGACUGAAACUCCAGGAGAAUGAAAGCCUCCUGAACAGCAUCUACACACAGCUCUACAUCAUAGAGGGAGAGAGAGAAGGAGUGAAUGAAGAACAUGAGGUUUUACAGAUGGAGAAAACAGCCAGAACACAACCCUCACAAGACACUCCAAUCUACUGCAAUGACAUCUUUAAAGCCUCCGCUGAAGCAGGAUGUGAGGAGAAAGAGCAGAUCAAGACUGUUCUUACUAAAGGCAUCGCUGGAAUCGGAAAAACCGUCUCUGUGCAGAAGUUCAUUCUGGACUGGGCCGAGGGAAAAGCCAAUCAGGAUGUAGAUUUCAUGUUUGUGCUUCCAUUUCGAGAGCUGAACUUGAUCCGAGAUCAUCCGUACAGUCUUCACAGACUUCUGCUGGACUUUCAUCCUGAACUUCAAGAUCUGGACUCACAGAUUUAUGAGGAGUGUAAAGUUGUGUUCAUCUUUGAUGGUCUGGAUGAAAGCAGAAUCACACUGAUGUUUUCAGACGCUCAGAAAGUUUGUGAUGUGACUGAGACUUCAUCAGUGGCUGUGUUGAUGUCAAAGCUGAUGAAAGGAGAGCUGCUUCCCUCUGCUCUCAUCUGGAUCACCUCCAGACCAGCAGCAGCCAAUCAGAUCCCCUCCAAAUACAUCCACCGUCUGACAGAAAUUCAGGGAUUCACUGAGCCUCAGAAGGAGGAAUAUUUCAGGAAGAGGAUCAGUGAUGAGCAUCAAGCCAGCAGAAUCAUCUCACACAUCAGAAGAGCAAGAAGCCUCCACAUCAUGUGCCACAUCCCCGUCUUCUGCUGGAUCUCAUCCACUGUGCUUCAGAAGCUCCUGGAAGAAGAUCUGAGUGCAGAAAUCCCUCAAACUCUGACUGAAAUGUACAUCCACUUCCUGCUGAUUCAGAUCAACAUGAGGAAGCAGAAGUAUGAAGAGAGAGAUCCAGAGAAACUCCUGCCGUCCAACAGAGAAGUGAUUGUGAAACUUGCUGAAGUGGCUUUCAAACAGCUGAUGAAGGGCAAUGUGAUGUUCUAUGAGGAGGACCUGAUUGAGAGCAGCAUAGACGUCACUGACGCCUCGGUGUAUUCUGGGAUUUGCACUGAGAUCUUUAAGCAGGAAUCUGUGAUUCAUCAGAGGAAAGUCUACAGCUUCAUUCAUCUGAGCGUUCAGGAGUUUCUCGCUGCUUUCUAUCUGCUUUACUGCUAUUUAACAAAGAACAAGAAAACACUGCGUGAAUUCAGAUCUUACGGAGAUGACUCUGAUGAAGACUCUCUGUAUGAUCUACUAACUUCAGCAGUAGAUAAAUCUCUUGAGAGUAAGAAUGGACGUCUGGAUCUGUUCCUGCGGUUCCUGCUGGGCGUCUCACUGGAGUCCAAUCAGAGACUCUUACAGGAUCUACUGACACACACAGAGAACAGCUCAGAGACCAUCAGGGAAACCACACAGUACAUUAAAGAGAAGAUCAAAGAUGAAGAUGAUGAUGAUGAUGAUCUACUGAUGGUCAAGAGAAGUAAUCCUCUCUCAGCUGAUCAGUCGAUCAAUCUGUUCCUCUGUCUGCUGGAAGUGAAAGAUCAGACUCUGUUCAGAGAGAUUCAGGAGUUUGUGAAAUCAGACAAACACUCAGAGAAACUCUCUGCUGCUCACUGCUCAACAAUCUCCUACAUGCUUCAGAUGUCAGAGGAGACACUGGAUGAACUGAACCCCAUGAAAUACAACACAUCAGCUGAGGGGAGAAGAAGACUGAUACCAGCUGUGAUCAACUGCAGAAAAGCUCUAUUUUCUGGCUGUGGUCUCUCAGAACAGCAUUGUGAAAUUGUGUCUUCAGCUCUACAAUCCUCAAACUGUGUCCUGAGAGAGCUGGAUCUGAGGAACAAUGACCUGCAGGACUCUGGUGUAAAGUUUAUUUCUGAUGGACUGAAGAGUCCAAACUGUCAGCUGCAGAUACUGAGUCUUGCUGGCUGUAAUCUCACUGCUCAGUGUUGUGAGAGUUUGUCUUCAGCUCUAAAAUCCUCAAACUGUGUCCUGAGAGAGCUGGAUCUGAGGAACAAUGACCUGCAGGACUCUGGUGUAAAGUUUAUUUCUGAUGGACUGAAGAGUCCAAACUGUCAGCUGCAGAUACUGAGUCUUGCUGGCUGUAAUCUCACUGCUCAGUGUUGUGAGAGAUUGUCUUCAGCUCUACAAUCCUCAAACUGUGUCCUGAGAGAGCUGGAUCUGAGGAACAAUGACCUGCAGGACUCUGGUGUAAAGUUUAUUUCUGAUGGACUGAAGAGUCCAAACUGUCAGCUGCAGACACUGAGUCUUGCUGGCUGUAAUCUCACUGCUCAGUGUUGUGAGAGAUUGUCUUCAGCUCUACAAUCCUCAAACUGUGUCCUGAGAGAGCUGGAUCUGAGGAACAAUGACCUGCAGGACUCUGGUGUAAAGUUUAUUUCUGAUGGACUGAAGAGUCCAAACUGUCAGCUGCAGAUACUGAGGUUGUCUGGCUGUAUGGUGACAGAGGAAGGCUGUGGUUAUUUGUCUUCAGCUCUGAGUUCAAACCCCUCACACCUGAGAGAGCUGGAUCUGAGCUACAAUCACCCAGGAGAAUCAGGAGUCAAGCUGCUCAAACACAAACUGCAGGAUCCAAACUAUAAACUGCAGAUACUCAAUGUGGAUCAUGGAGGAGAGAAGAGGAUGAGAGCAGGACUACGAAAGUAUGCCUGUGAUCUCACACUGGAUCCAAACACAGCACACACUCGACUCGUUCUGUCAGAUGAGAACAAGAAGAUCACACGUGUGGAAGAUCGUCAGCUGUUUCCUGAUCAUCCAGAGAGAUUUGAUCGUGUUCAUCAGGUUCUGAGUGUUGAGAGUCUGACUGGACGCUGUUACUGGGAGACUGAAUGGAGCGGACGUGCUGCUAUAUCAGUGUCAUAUAAAGGAAUCAACAAGAAAGGAGGACAGAUUGACUGUUGGUAUGGAUCCAAUGACAAAUCCUGGAGUCUGUACUGCUCUGAUAACAGAUUCUCUUUCUGGCACAAUAAUAAUGAAACUGUUAUUCCUGCUGUCUGUUCAUCCUGUAAGAGAGUAGGAGUGUAUGUGGACGUGUCUGACGGCUCUCUGUCCUUCUACAGCGUCUCUGACACACUCACACACUUACACACACACACACUCACACACUUACACACGCACAACACCACAUUCACUGAUCCCCUCUACGCUGGAUUUGGGGUUAAUUAUUAUUCCUCAGUGUCUCUGUGUGACAUUAAAGAGCCUCCUGUGAGAAUCAUCAGUGAUGCACAAGCUGCCAGAUCUUCUGUGCUCAGAUAUCAGCCUCUGCUGAAGUGUCAGUCUUGUGUUCAUAUCUCUGAUCCUGAUCAGUGGGAUCAGAUUGAGCCGUCGCUCUGCACAGAUGAAGGAGUGUCAAAGUUCAGGGUCAGCACUGGACCGGGCCGUUACGAGUGUGUCAGGACCAGGAUGAGAUGGGUCUGUGAUGGUGACGUCACUCUUCAGUAUCACACCGUAGAUGGACGGUUCCUCAACACAGAGCUAGAGAGACUGCAGUGCAACCGAAUCGCUCCAGUGAUGGACGUGACAGUGAUCUCAGGGAAACUGGAGGAAGUUCAUCUGCCACAUUACAUCUGUUUAGGAGAGUCUGGAGAUGCCCUCAGAGAUGCUGUGAACGUCCUCAGUGUAAAAGAUGAGGGAAUAACCACAGAACCUGUGGAGCUGACACGAUUCCAUGCUAAGAUUGUCCAACCAUCCUUCUCUCUUAAAACAUUAAUUAUAAGAUGGAUACUGCGAUGGGACGAACACUGCAAUCUUCUUCUCUACAUGCAUUCUAAAGAUCCUCUCACUCUACAUGUCUACUUUUUUCCAGCUGAUUAUCGUGCAAAAGAAGAAGUUGAGAAGAUUGAAAAAUCGAGUUAUCUGAUCUCGCAUCCCAGACCUGACAGAGCGUUUCGGAUGAAAACUCCACACAGUCUCGAUGUUCCUGGUGCCUCUGUCCAUCCCAGAGAAGGGAUCACAUUCAGAAGACAAACUGACCCAAACUUCUUCAAGAUCAUGAUCAAGACACGUCUGGAGAACAAUCUUCAAAUGAGUCUUACCAGAGAAGAGGACAAGAAGAUUGUCUGGACUGCAACACUUGAGAAAGAGGAGUUUGAUCAGAAUCAUCCAAAGAGAGACAAGACCCAGAUAGAUGAGACACGUUCACAAAGAGACGAGACACAGAGAGAUGAGACACGUCCACAGAGAGAGGAGACGUAUCCACAGAGAGAUGAGACACGCCUGAAAAGUGAGGCAGAUAAAGCAAGAUAUUUUGAUGACCACUGGUCAGUUCUCAUUCAGAGAGUUACAAAUGUCCAGAUCAUUGCAGAUAAACUGCGUCAGCAGCAACUCAUUCAUGAGGAACAAUAUUCAGAAAUCAUACAGAGUUUAACCCGUCAGGAUGGCAUGAGAAAGAUCUGUGAGAUCAUUCGUAAACACGGUGAUGCUGUGAAAGCUAAACUCAUCUCAGUUCUUCAGGAAGAAAAGCUUUUCCACUUUUAACAUCGGUCUGAUUCUACAUUUAGAGCUCAAGGAGCAAAACAGCAACCUCAGACCGAAGUCUUGUCCUCUAGAUGAUAGCAGAAGAAAUGGCUUAUACUUGAUCAGCAAUGAUGUCUUCAAAAUAUUAAGUGAUAUGUAGUCCUAUCAUAUACUUAAUCUCCAAUCUUGAUGAUUUAUGACCCUGAUUUACGGCCUGAUUUAUGUACAUAUAGUAAGCAUUGUCUGACAGGUCAUAUGUCAAAAGUGUACAUGAUCAGUUUGUAUUGAUUUAUGGCUAUAUGGCCUGUCUAUAAAAGUGCUUGCCAUGUCACUGGGUCCUGUCACCCUUGAUUGACAUGACAGAGGUGUGUGUAAAUCAAAAGGUCAAACAGAUCUCAGAUUUGACUUGUGUUGCAUUUAUUACUGGAUAUAUGAUGGUUGUAUCUGUAACCAGAGCUGUGGGGGUUUCUGAGGAAUUCCUGACCUGUUGUUCACACCUAAAGACCGUGCCUACAUCCUGAAACUAUGUUUUAAAUAGGGGUUAAGGAAAUAGUAAUUUAAACAGAGAAGACAUUCUGAACAAUCCUGUUACAAUGGCUGCCGCUGCUCCAAAAACUCCUAAAACCACUAGAAGAGUGAUGCAUAUUUCACCAACAAGAGGGCCUGUUGAAAUGAGAAAGGAACUGACUUUUGCACCAAAGAAAACACAAAGCGUUAGUUUGACAAAGUUUUUUCAUGAAGAGAUUAAUAUGACGACUCGUGAUUUCUCAAUGUCCGGUGAUCGUGUCGGAAGAUAUGUGUUUGACAAAGUGUUCCGUACCGUGAAGAUCUAUGCUAUGGACAUUGAAGACAAUUUUACAACGCAGGAGCCCUGUCUGAUUUUCCCUGACAAAGACUGGUGGUUAUUCUAAAACUACAUCUGGAGAGAUUUGAAUGACUGUGGUGACGAUCCGUUGUACAUUGCAGAAUGGGAUGGCAUAGUUCCUGACACAAGAUUUCGAGUGACACAAGAAUUCUGCUGCAAUGACAAGACAAAGAUCCGUGAGCAUGUGUGGCCUAUACCUGAAGCUAAGCACUACAUGCACUAUGACAUGAAGUUUUUCUUUAAGUGGAAAGAUGUUCAUUGAUGAUGUUUUUACAUCUAUUGAUAAGAUUUUUAGAUGGUGUGAUAUGUAUGAUCGUUACAGCUCUGUAAAGAUGACAUUGUUCCACCCUGAACAGGGCGUUCCCAAGACAACUGACCACCUCUUACCUCCACCCACAUAUUACAGCCAUUAAAAAAGUCUGCAGAUCGGUACACUCGCUAGAUUAACGUCAGCCUCCUGCUACAGCAACACCCCCAAAACCCUGCCUGCAAUGCCUGAUGACAACGCUACGAUUCUGGAAAGAGAGGAUCCAGUGUGGCUUGUCUCAAAAAAUUUGAUUGAUGAAGGCCAUAAAAGCCAUCUGUUCUGGACAACUGUUUGUACACCCCCUCCCCUCCCUGUACACCCCAGUGACCUAGAUAUGAACUUAUGAACCUAAGAAGGAAUUUUGGUGAGGGUGAGGAAAAUGUGUUGGGAUCUAUGUGUUUUUUUUUUUUUUUUUUUUUUUUUUUUUAACUCUGGAAAGGGUCAAAUCGUGAAAGUGGUAUAAGGGUUUUUAUUAAGGUUUUAAGUACACAGUGCAUUUCAAGAAAAAGGUUAUAAACACAUGAAAUGGAAACAAUGUAAUCGUUUUCGUAGUUGGAAAAGUGUAAAAAAGUUGUUAAAGUUGUAACAAAUGAAAUAAAAAGAAAACUAGG